UCCCCUCCCUCCUUCCCCUGCCCGGCUCCACACGCCAGUCCUCCUAUUAUGCAGGAUGAUGACCUUCUGAUGCCGGACAGGGCGACAGGCAUCAGCAUCAUCACUGCCGCCACCGCCCCGGCUCCAGCCUCUGCCACCCGGCCGGUAUCGGCACAACACCACCGCGGCUCCAGUAGCCAGGAGGAGGAGGGAGACACCACCGCCGCCGCCACCGCCACCACUCAGUGUCCGGACAUCCUGACCAAACGGAGUCAUCCUCCUCCUCCUCCUCAGCUCCGAGGCCGCCCCCAGCCUGCCAGCCCCGGAGAGGAGGAGGGAGGCGGGGACAGGGACAGACUCUCCUCCGCCGAUGCCGCUUUGAAGUUUGCGGAGAGCAGCCAGCACCGCGGCGGCCACAAGCUGAUGGAGUCUCCCGGUAACAUGACGGCCGCUAAUGGCGGCGGCGGCGGCGGGGGGAUCGGGAUGUUACCGGGACUCGGCGCCGGCUUUCAGCAGCAACAACAGCAACAGCAGCAGCUCCACCAUCACCCGGACACUGGCGGAGGUGGAGGGGGCUCCGCCGGCGGCGGCAGCAGCAGCAGCAGCGGCGGCAGCAGUAACGGCUCCUCUCCGUCUCCGGUCGCCGCUCUCACCGGCUUCGGUACCGCCUGGUCCCCGGCUCCCGCCGCCCAGGUCAGCACCCCGCCCGGCUCCGGAGCUGCUGCUGCUGCCAAUGCCCCCGGACUGUCGGCCAGCGGCCCGGGGAUCUGCCCAGUGCCCAGCCCUGCUGAAGACAGCUUCUUCCACGGCAUCCCGUCCAUUAACGGCACGGUCCUCUUCCAGAGCUUCGCUGCCAACGCGGCCGGGAUGAGCCAGGGUUACGGCGGCGGCGGUGGCACCUUCUCCCCUUUACCUCAGCAGCAGCAACAACAACAGCAGCAGCAGCAGAGCCGGCGGUCUCCUGUCGGCCUUCACCACCACCAUCACCACCAGGCCGCCUUCCCUCACCAGAGGAACACCUACAGCCACCAUCAGCCCAUAAUGAAACAGUCUCCAUGGAACAGUCACCAGAGCAGUGGCUGGAGUGCAGGAGUGUCCUGGGGAGGCAUGCAGACAAGGGAUCACCGCAGAACUGGAGGUGUAGGAAUGCCGACAACCAUGAACCAAAUCUCUCCACUGAAGAAACCUUUCUCCAGUAAUAUUAUAGCACCGCCCAAAUUUCCUCGUUCAGCCCCAACACUGCCACCAAAAUCUUGGAUUGAAGACAAUGUUUUCAGGACGGACAACAAUAGCAACACUCUGUUACCUUUACAGGAUCGCACUCGUCUAUAUGACUCUCUGAACAUGCAUUCACUUGAAAAUUCACUUAUUGACAUAAUGAGAGCUGAACAUGAUCCACUGAAAGGUCGUUUAGGAUAUCCACAUCCAGGGACUGACAAUUUUCUAAUGAUAAAUGCAAGAAGUUAUGGGAGAAGACGAGGCCGCUCCUCAUUGUUCCCCAUAGAAGAUGGUUUUCUUGAUGAUGGACAUGGUGAUCAGACUGUCCCUGGGAUUCUGAAUUCUGUUAAUUGCUGCUCAUCUCACCAGAAUGGGGAACGAAUUGAACGAUACUCACGUAAAGUAUUUGUUGGUGGCCUUCCCCCAGAUAUCGAUGAAGGUAAUGUCAGUUGUGAAAUAGCUCAGAGUUGUUUUUCCUUCCUGUACAGUUAUGCAUUUCUUCUAUUUCAAGAGGAGAGCUCUGUCCAGGCUCUGAUUGAUGCAUGUAUUGAAGAGGAUGGUAAACUCUACCUUUGUGUUUCAAGCCCCACUAUCAAGGACAAGCCAGUCCAGAUCCGGCCAUGGAAUCUAAGUGACAGUGACUUUGUAAUGGAUGGCUCACAGCCACUUGAUCCACGCAAAACCAUUUUCGUAGGAGGGGUUCCUCGCCCUCUGAGAGCUGUGGAGCUGGCUAUGAUAAUGGAUCGGCUUUAUGGUGGGGUAUGUUACGCAGGGAUUGACACUGACCCAGAGCUAAAGUACCCUAAAGGUGCAGGGCGUGUUGCCUUCUCGAAUCAGCAGAGCUAUAUAGCUGCCAUCAGUGCUCGAUUUGUUCAGCUACAGCAUGGAGAUAUUGAUAAACGGGUGGAAGUUAAGCCAUACGUGCUAGAUGAUCAAAUGUGUGAUGAAUGCCAGGGGGCUCGAUGUGGUGGAAAGUUUGCUCCGUUUUUCUGUGCCAAUGUCACUUGUCUGCAGUAUUACUGUGAAUUUUGUUGGGCAAACAUCCACUCUCGUGCCGGGCGGGAGUUCCACAAGCCACUGGUGAAGGAGGGGGCCGACCGCCCUCGACAGGUUCACUUCCGCUGGAGCUGAACGUAACAUUCAGACGCCUGAAGGAUCAUGACGGAUGAAGAGAGGAGAGUGCAUGAGGCUUAAAAGGCUGAAGAAACCAUGAAUAGUUAGGAGAAAUAAGUGCAUUCUUCUGCCUCCUACCCCAGCUCUCAAUGCAUACAUCAUAUGUAGCAGCUAAUACACUACAGGCCUCUGUUUGUCACCAAAACCCUGCAUCUCAGGCUUUACUAACUUUUUUGAGGUACUUUCAUGUUUUUGGAAAAAAAUCGAUUUUUUGUAGUUUUUUCAAGUUAUUUUUUUAUAUAAAAAAACUUAAAAUUAGAAGUGAGAAUGUUGCCACUUAGGGGCGCACAGUUUGCUGCUAUCUUUAAUGGGUGGAGCAUGCACUUAUUUCAGGAAGCUCAGUUUCAUCUCCAAGACCUGUCCCUAGUAAUUUUACCAAAGGUAGCAAAAAGUAGGAGGCAAGUUUAGCUAUAGGUGAGUGAUUUCUGCCACACAAAAUUUUAUUUUUUAAUGUUGCUAUUUGCAAUGUAUACACAAUCUUUAAAAAAAAAUAGGGUUACGUUUUUGCUCUCCAUUUUGACUUGCAAGAAAUAAUACCUCAAGAGACUGAUCUGGUUUAACUAUUUUAGCAUUUUUAUUAUUCUUGAGCUGCAUUAGAAGCUUUGCUGCUAUAUAGGUAUCGUAUUUAAUGCCAGAACACACAGUAACAAAAUGGGAUCAGAAACAUAAUUAUAGCAGCUGCAUUAUGGAAGAAUUAGAUGCAGGUGGCAAUGGCCUAGACUGCCACAGGUUAGAAUGUGAAUUUAAACAAUUGCAUGUUUACUUGUACACCUUAUGCAUGCACUAAAAGUAUAUUCAUACAUGUUCCUUCACAGCAAUGGAUGUGAUGUCAGAUUUGGCAAACAUUCAGAAAAAUUAGUUAGCAUGAAUGAAAGGUACAAUAAUAGUUUAAAACAAAAACAGGAAAAAAAACCUAACUUGCAUGUAUUAAUGUGACUCCUGUAACGAGAAUGUCCUACUGCUACACUUUGUGUACAUUAUGCAAAAUAGCUUUUAGAGUAGAAGUGCAGCCACUAUCGUGACCUGGUGGGUUGUGGAGUUUGAUUUCUGCAGACUGGAUGUAAUUUCGUAUUCCCUGUGCAAUCUUGUUAAUAUGUGUGUUUUGUUUAGUGUUGUGAGUUGUUGUCCUAAAUAGAAAUUUAAAAGUAGCUAGGGUUUUAAAGCAAAUUAGUAAAUGGAAAAGAAUAAAAAAAAAAUUUUGAUUUCAUUGCCCCUUUCAUAAAACUCUUUGGUAUAAUGGCUCAGACUUCCUCUACAAACCAAAGAUGGCCAGCACACUGCUAAACAAUCACCAAACUCCAAGCCCCUCCAAAAAAGUUAUAAAAUGGUACUGAUUUCAUCAUAUAAGAUACAUGAUUUACUAAAUUAGCCAUUUUAAAGUCAAAAUGGAGAUGACUAUGGUGUUAAAUUAACCUGGUUUGACAUUAAAGCAUUGAAUUUCUCUGCAGUUUAAUCACACUAGAAUGAAAAAUGUAUUAGUAAGCUGCUGAAAGUUAUGCGGGUGUCAAUUAUUUAUUCAAAAAAGGUGAUCAUGCCAUUACAAGCAUUUACUGUAUAGAACAACCGUAUAUAAUCCUUAGGGACAAUCUUUUUAUGUAAGCAAGAUGUUGGUCUUGAACAUUGGUGGUCUCCUGGUGUGCUUUUGUGUAUGUAGUCCAUGUCUAACUCUGCUGUUUAUAGUGAUUGUGAUGCAACUUUUAAAAUGUUUGAAGUCAAUGCUGUUUUGAAGAAUAGCUUUUUUACUAAUUUAUUUAUUGGCUAAUGCCCCCAUUUGUUACUUACCAUGGUUCUCCAGGCUAUUUGGAGCAUUUGUUCUCUGCCAAAUUUGUUCCAUUUUCAGACACCCAUAUUGGCAUUUGUUAUGCACUACUUUUGUAUCUUGGUGAGAGUUUUUUCCAACAGUCAGCUGUUUUAGGGCACACUUUUUGACUGAUGGCAUCUCCUUUGCAAUACCUCAAUUUUCUGAAUUUAGAAGAGAAAUUGAUAGUUUUGCUAUGUUUAUUAUUGAAAGAUCUGCAUAUAUAAUUUAACUCAGCAAAUAAAUGAUUUAACAAAUUGAUAAUUUUAUUUUUCCAUACAUUCUGCUUCCUAAAUUUGGAAGGGUCUAAACAUUUGUAAACUAACGUGGUAACCUUAGGAGGGCUCUUCUACAUAAAACUGUGCAGAAAGUGAGUGCGAUAAUUUAAAAUAUCCCCAACUCCUUAAGUAAAAAUAAAGGCAUAAUCACCAAGGUAUUUGGUUAAAUUAAUUUGAUUUAUAUAAAUCUUAAAUGAAUCAUUUUUAGGGGUGGGGUGGUGGUAGAAUGAUUUUUGUUUCAUCUGCUGUCAUUUCUUUCCCGAGACAACUUUAUUACUGUAGCACCUGAAUUAUUCAAUAUUGCCGUGGAAUAAAUGGCAAACACUGUAAUGCAUCUUUUUUAAAGAAAUCAUAUUUAUUUUCACUAUUUUUGUAGAAAUGUAAUUAUUUUGUUUUGAUUGUAUUAUUUUUAUAUUCUAAUAAGCUUGUUCACAUACUGUGCUCCCCGAAUGUAUGUAUUUCUGCCCAGGUGCAGGGCUCUGCAGAGAAAUUAAUUUUUUUAAAACCAUGCUGUGUUUUUGCAAAGAAAACAUAAGCAAAUAUAUUUUAUGGGAAACACUUGACAUUUUAACCCCUGUUGCAUCUGGCCAUGUGAGGCCUUUCCUCAAAGAUGCUGAAAGACUUGAAUAUAACACAUUUUGGAAGGCUGACUAACCUCGACUCUGUGUUGUGAUGUGCAAUACUGUUUCUAAUGUUUGUAAGAAAAGAAAAAGAAUAACAGUGUAAACCUUUUAAUGCAGAUUUAUUUUUUUCAUUGCAUAUUUGCAGACUAGUUAUCCACAAUGUCAUUUUUUUACUGUCAGAAAUUUUACCCCUUUGUCAUGCUAAUAUUUUUAAAUCCAGAGAUCUUUGUACUGAUGUAAAUGAUUGUAGUUAUUUUGGAUAGUGUUUUGCUAAAAAAAAGAAAAAAAGGAGAUACUUUUCAUGCAUAUUUGCCUAUUUUGUUUUUAUUUUAUUUUACUUUAAAUAUGACUACUUUUUCAACAGUAGCAUGAUACUUGGAAUAAUUUUCUUAUUCAGCCAGUGUCAUUAAUAUUAUUUUGUAUUUUUAUGUGGAAAAUAUAAUUUUAUGAUGCUAAUUCCUAAAGUUUAUUUUAUGUUGAUUUAUUUUUGGAGCUAAAAUCUUUGUAAUAUUGUUAAAGUCUCUAGAUUCUAAUUAAAUGCUUGUGUAUAGAUUCAGAGCAGUGGUUUACAGGAGUGUUUCGGUUGUAAUUAGCAACUAAUGGUUCUUUGAUAUGCAAAUUAGACAGCCAUCAAUUUCUGCCAAUUCUGUUCUUUUUGUACUUUAUAGGGAGAGUUGAUUAGUAAUUUUGUUUGAUUUUUAAAUAAAGGAGAACCCAUGCUUUUAUGGACACAAGAUCACCUCAAGCUUGAUUUAGUUUCAUUUUCAACUUUUAUAUUUCUUUCUUUUGCAUAUUUCUGUUGAUGUCUAAUCCUCCAGUCUGUCUGUCUGUACUGGUGAUAAUUCUGUACUGGAAUGGUUUGCUGCCAACUAUUUAUAUUAAGUAAUUUUUAAAUAUUUGUAAUAUUAACUGUUGACUGAAUUAAUAAACCAUUAAACUAUU